UAAGAAUAACCGUGAAGAAGACGAAGUCCCUUACGACAAUGAGGAAGACGAGGAAGACGAUGAUGACGAAGAAGACGAAGACGAAGACGUGCAACGCCCAGCCAAGAGAAAGUAUAAUCCUUUCAUUGACGAAAUGGCCAUCGUUGAUGAUGACGACGACGAUGAAGAAGACGACGAGGAUUAUGGUCGUGAAGACGGCUUCAUUGAAGAGGAAACCGAAGAGCUUCCUUCAGCAGCUGCCAUACAAAGACGUCACAUCGAGCUCGAUCGCCGGAGACAACAAGAAACAGAUGGAAUGAAUGAUGAAGAAGUUGCUGCUUUCUUUAAAAGUAAAUAUAGUGCACGAAAAUCCCAGGGUUUCAGAGCAUCUGAAGAAGUUCCGCAGCAAUUACUGCUUCCUAGUGUUAACGAUCCUAAUUUGUGGAUGGUGAAAUGCAAGCCCGGAAAAGAAAGAGACGUUGUUUUUGGUUUGAUGAAGCGUUACUUUGAUAGACUAAACGGCGAUGACCCAUUGGAUACAUUCUCUGCAUUUGCCCGAGAAUCACUAAAAGGAUAUAUCUACAUUGAAGCCAGACGCCAAGCCCAUGUUCAACAGGCACUAUUGAAUAUUCCUUAUGUAUACCAUUCAACUCUUAUGCUGGUACCUAUUAAAGAUAUGAUCGAUUCGAUCAGUAUCCAAAGAAAGGAAGUAGAGCUACCUUUGGGAGGCUGGGUGCGUGUGAAGCGCGGUAGAUAUGCUGGCGAUCUUGCACAAGUCUUGGAGGUUUCAGACUCUCAAGAUAGCGCACGUGUCAAACUAGUUCCUCGUCUUGAUCUGGAAUCUGACGAAGAUGACCCACAAAAAAAACGAAAGAGAGGCUUGGUUGCAUCUCGUCCCCCUCAAAAAUUAUUUAAUCCAGAAAGACUUGCUAGCCGAUCAAUUUCUAGCUUACAAAAGAAAGGUCCUUAUUGGUUUUUGGGAACUGACCACUUCCGCGAUGGCUAUCUCGAAAAGAAUAUGAAAGUGGCCACAUUACAGGUCGAGGAUGUGAGCCCAACUUUGGAUGAAAUCGCCAAAUUUGCGAGUGGAGGAGAACUUAAUGGAGAAGACGGCGAUCGUGCGCUUGAUCUUUCGAAACUAUCUGUACAGGCAGUUAACAGUGCGCAGGCAUCCACCUUAUUCCAAGGUGGCGAUACAGUAGAAGUUAUUGAAGGUGACAUGAUCCACAGUAUUGGUGUUGUUGACAGCGUUGAAGAAUCAUCAGUGGUUGUUAUGCUUGAUGUCGAUGGAAUGAAAAAACGAGUAACCCUCCCUGCAAAACAAUUGCGAAAGAAAUUUAGAGAGGGUGACCAUGUCAAGGUUAUCAAUGGUCGCUACAAGGACGAGAGUGGCAUGAUUGUCAAUGUGAUGGAUAGUGUUGUUACAAUCCUUUCAGAUGCAACAUUAAAUGAAGUCAAGGUGUUUGCAAAGGAUUUGAGAGAGGCAGCAGAUAUCACACUCACCAGAACAGUCAUCGGAAAUUAUGAACUUCACGAUUUAGUCCAACUCGAUUUCCAUACAGUUGGUACAAUUGUUAAGGUCGAUCGUGAUUCAUUCAAAGUCUUGACUCAGGAAUCUGAGAUUCGAACAGUUGCACCCCAUCAGAUUACUAGCAAACGUGAUACCAAUAGAGCAGUAGCUACAGACGCCAAUGGAAAUAGCAUUCGCUCGGGUGACUCUGUAGUUGAGAUUGACGGGGAAAGACGCGCUUGUACCAUCCUUCAUCUCUACCGUAAUUUAGUCUUCUUGCACUCUCGUGAGAAUGUGGAAAAUUACGGUGUCUGGGUCAACAAUACCAGAUCUGUUGUUAGUGUUGCUGCCAAGAGACUUGCACAAGGUCGUGAUUUAUCUCGUCAACAGCAGCCAUUCGGUAAUUCUCAUGGCAUGGGAAGAGGUGCACCUGACAGUCGUGGUCGUGGCCGCGACAACUUGGUCGCAAAAACUGUUAGAAUUGCUCAAGGACCUCAUAAGGGAUACGUUGGCAUUGUCAAAGACACUACUGAUGAUAUGGCCAGAGUUGAGCUUCACACAAACAGUAAAGUCAUAAACGUAGACAAAUCCAAAUUGGUACUUCUUGAUGCACAAGGAGGUACCAUUGGCAUGGCAGUUACCAAUGACAGAUUCGCGACACCAAAUGAUUUUGCUGCUCCAUCAUCUACACCCAGACGCUAUGGUGAUGGUGGAACAACACCAAUGCAUUUCGCAUCUGGAGCCAGAACACCUGCAUGGAAUUCUGGAGCACGGACACCUAACCCUUACACAAUGAAUGGCAGCAAAACCCCGGCUUGGGAUUCAGGAAGUAAAACACCCAACCCACAUGCUUUUGGUAGUGGAUCAAAGUCAUCUGCCUGGGAUUCAGGAAGUAAAACACCAAUGUGGGGAGCAGAGACACCACAUAGAAACAGCGGCAUGAUUGCAAAGACACCUGGUUUUGUGGAUCCUGGUAGCAAGACACCCAUGUGGAGU